AUGAGAAAGGAAGGGAAGGUGUCGGUGCUGGCGCUGGACGCCUUCGCUGCAGACAAGCUGCUGGCCUUGGGGGAGGCCCGCCUGAUCGGCGUCUGGGUGACUCUCAACACCGUGGACCAGCUGCGGGAGCGGUAUGGAGGGGAGGAGGGAGGGAAGGAGGAGGAGGUGGAGGCGGCGGUGUCGAGGGCGACUGUGGCCAUAGAGCACGCCCUCAUGGGGGAGGCGGGGAGGAGGGGCUUCUACGAGCACACCAUCUACGACGACAAGGGCAAGGAGGAGACGCUCCGGUCGCUGCGAGACUUUGCGGACUUCGCCCUCAGCCUGUGA